AUGCUGUCAACCAGAUCUAUGUAUAGAUCAACCGCGUUUCUACGCGUGGGACUGGUAUUGAACAGGAGAACUCUCAUAUCCUCCAAAACAACAAAGACGGUCAUGCCAGUAACAUAUGAUUCUACUCCUGAGCCAUCUAAUCGGGAAAAGAGUCCCGGAUACUUGGAAGCACUCACUACCCCGGAAUUGCUCUCCUAUGGUCUCAUAGGAUUGGCUACGCUGAACAAAGGCACACUCGACAUGGCGAUCAAAGCAUUCCCAUUUAUACCCACGUGGAUGCUCAAAGUAUUUUUGUACAAAAACUAUUGUGGUGGCGAAGAUUUUGAGCAGGUCAAGGCAACCGGUGCUAGACUGGCCAAAAGAGGCAUCAAGAACAUGAUGAUCAGUUUGACCAUAGAGGCUGCUGAAGUUCACGGAGAUGCCGAGCCAAUCGACAUUGGAUACAUAGUGAGAGAAACCAAGAAAAGCGUUAGCGAGGUGUUGGUUCCACACACGCUUUCCAUGAUCUCCGAGAGUGGAGAUCUGAACAGUGUCCCCCCAGGAUAUGUCGCUUUGAAACCAACUGGAUUGAUCGACGAUGCUGUCAAUGUUCUGACAAAUUAUGAACAUCCUGAUUAUUCUGUCAAGUUCGAAGAACUUGUUGCAAACUGUUCUGAGAUUUGUGAGAUCGUUCGCACAGCAAAUGCCCGCCUUGCUAAGGAACACCCAGAGAGAAUAGCACCUUUCGUGGUAGCCACUAUCGACGCCGAAAAGUUCACGUUGCAAAGAGGUGUGUAUGAGCUGCAAAGAAGGUUAUUUGCAAGGUUUAACGUCUCUGAGGAGCCUAUUUCGGUUGUAGGCACCAUCCAGAUGUACCUGAAAGAGUCACAGGAUUUGCUGGCAUCUGAGUAUAAGCUGGCACAGCAGAACCGUUAUAGAGUGGGCUGGAAAUUGGUUAGAGGUGCAUACAUACACACCGAGCCCGACAGAAGUGUUAUCCAUGACACCAAAGAGAACACAGAUGACAAUUACAACCGGGGAAUUUCCAGGACCAUCGAUCAGAUCGUGAAACAGGAGAAGAACACUGGUGUAGUUGGUCAUUUGGUGGUUGCCUCGCACAACUAUGACUCGCAGCUGUUUGCAGAGGAAAUCAUCAAGAGUUCAGCACAAAAAUCGAACAUCACCUUGGCCCAACUGCUGGGAAUGGCAGACGACGUUACUCACGAUCUGAUCCAUGCCCAUGGAGUGAAUAACAUCAUCAAAUAUGUUCCAUGGGGUCCUCCAAAAGAGACCAAAGACUAUUUGCUGAGGCGACUGGAAGAGAAUGGAGAUGCAGUUAGAAGCGAUAGUGGGUGGCCAUUGUUGAAGGGGAUAGUUUCAGUGAUAGGCAGGAGGUGGUUCACGCAGAAGCAAUCACUGUAA